UGUGGACGCUGUGAGGAAGAAGGCAGCAAAGUCCUUCACAAUGCGUGCAGUCUUGUUAGAAAAGCAGUAUUUGACUGGUCAAAGAGGAGGAGGAGGGCGCACAGAGGAGGAGCAGGGUGAACAAGGGUGUGCUCCAAAGUGCUAUAUUUGUGUUCAGGUGGUGACUCUCCCACGCAGGACACAAGUUGUCCAGUGGACUACAUCACACCGCAUGACUUCACUAACACUGACCACCUGGGAGCUGCAAUUCAAGUCUCAUCCAAAGCUCCAAAUCUGACCAUGGUCUAAGAAAACUCCCUCCUCGCUGUCUCGGGCCUCCUCGGUCCCUUCUCUCCCUCUCGGUCAUGUCCGUGUCCACCAGGAACCCACCCCAUCGCCAGCGCUCCUUGGGUCCUGUGUCGCCCAAGCGCAUCUACAGAAAUCUGUCCAUCAGACUGCGGGGAGGGGAGUCGUCCGUGGGCAGGGGAGCAGACCCAGACCAUCACCCGGGCAAGUCUGCGGACGCUUACAAGACCUUGUGGGACGCGGUGGAGAACGAAGACACCUUGGCCGUACAAAGUCUGCUGUCCCGAGACCACGUCCACGGAGGAGGCUUGUGGGAGAAGAAGCAGAGAGAUCGGGAGAAAGAGAGGGAGAGUGGGGUGAACCGGGUGAGCGAGCAGGGCCUCGUCCCUCUGGACGUGGCCGCGCUUACCCACAAUUCCCCUCUGCUGCACGUGCUGGCGAAGGCUGGAGCCAAGCACAACCCUGUUUUGUGCAGACCGGCAGACUGGGAGCUGAAGCUGGAGGACCUGGUGGCGCUGGCGAAGAGGAAGGUGGAGGAGAGGAAGCAGGAGUUAGUGAGGAAGGCGGGUGCAGGGUCUCAGGCGCAGGCUGAUGUUCACAGACACAUCCGUCUAUGGAGUCUGCGGCUGCAGCUGUACUGUCGGAUGAAGGAGAACUUCCACAAAACAGAGCUGCCAGGCCCUCCCUGUCAGGUGUCUGUGCUGGUGACCAGCUCGUCUUCUCUCUUCCUGGUCAUCAAGGAGGAGGAAAGUGCCUGCACGGGACUCAUCACCUGCUACAAAGUGGAGUGGAGCGCCUCAGCAAGCUUCAAACGCAUCCUUGGCUCAGCUCAAGUCACAGAGACCAAGAACCCCUCCUAUAGCAUCAAGGGACUCACAUCUGGGGUGCAUUACUAUGUGAGGGUGAGUGCCUACAAUGUGAAAGGAUGGGGCCCCCCUCAGUGCUCCACUCCAGCCAACGCUGCCCCCUCCAGCUGGAGGGAGUGCAGCGGUGUCAAGUCCCAGUACAGGAACCAUGAAGGUCUCGUCAGGAAGCUCCUGGAAGAUGCCGGAGAGCCACACAGCAGAGUAUACUGCCGAGAGAGCAUGAGCAGCAAGAGUCCCAGCAAGCGUCUGUCCAUGUCUCGGGGCAUCAAACAACUGUUCCAGUCUGCUACCAAGUUUGUCCGUCUGCUGCAGAGGGGCGUGUACUUGGCGACUGUGUUCUACCACCAGGAGAACAUCCUGGUGACGGCUGAAGACCAACUGCCGCUGGUGGAGAUCCAGUGCUGCUCCACCUUUCUCAUCCACAACUUUGUUUGGUUUGCAAAGUUGUCGUGUGCAUGGCAGCAAGUACCUGGACUCCUGCAAGGACUCUCCUCCGCUCACUCCUCUCCAUCCUCACUCCUGCAGAACAGACACAGCAUCUUAAGAGCUGUCUCCCAGCUGCAGUCAUCACUGGGGACUAUGGACCUGGGCCAGGUCUACUAUGAGCCGCUCAAAGACCGGCAGGGCAACAUUUUACUCGUGACCUUGAAGGAGUUCCCACACCCUCCCAAUCACCCCGAGCCUCCGUUGCAAUGGAUGCCGCUGGCUCGCCUGGAGAAGAACCGGGGCAGAACUCCUCUCCAGCCUGAGCCCACCGCCAUGGACACGCUCUGUGAGCAGCUCAGGGAGAAGCUGGCCUACCACAGACGCAGCAACCAGUGGGGCCAGCCGGGUCUGUACGUGGGCAUCCUCAAACUGUGGAGCUCAGUGGAACACAUCCGGGUUCUGGUGCCCCAAAGGCUGCCCAAUCUACUGUGCCACACCCGAGUCAGACACAACGCCCACGUCAGCAGAGAAGAGUGGGCGUGGCUCCAGAGUAACGUCUACGCCACACCCGGCGACUGCAUCCAGAACCUGCUGGAUGACACGCUGGUGGAAAACGGCAGCUUGGUGGAGUUCAUCAGGUCCUUGAGAGCGGCCGUGUCUCAUCUCCUCGCCAAGCUCAACAUCCCCCUCUACAGGGCCUACCAGUACGGGGUGUACACCAGGGAGCUGCUGCAGCUGGGAGACAAAGUGUCCAUGCUGCUGCUGCUUCCUCCCAGUGAAGACUUCAGCUCCAGCUACUGGCCCCUGGUGGGCACCAAGGAGCCGGGCCUCACCAUGCCCCUGCAGAUCUUCGAGCUGGUUCACCUGCGGACGUACGAGCGGGACUUCCUGUCCCAGUACUGCCAGGCCUGGGUGAGACUGGAGCUGGACACCCACCUGGCCCAGCAGGCUCUGCGGGAGGCGCUGGACACCAAGGAGGUGCAGGUGGCCCGCCAGCGUCUCAACCACGUCAGCGAUCUUUCCCACCGUCUGGAGGUGGUGUGGCGGGAUGCUCGCUGGGUUAUGGACUGCCUCCAAUGCGUUCGGUCCAGGCAGUGGGUGGGGGCGGUGCCCCUGGGCUUGGUGAUGGGCGGAGACCCGCCUCCUCGUCCUGACGGGGAGGAAGAGGAAGAACGUCUGACCGCCAGCUUGAGGUGGCCCCAUCGGCUGCAGUUCCAGAAGGUGACCACAGAAAGUUCAGCUGGAACGCCUGCAGCCAACGUGGUCACGGCCGAGGUGUCGUCUCCGGCAGGGGACGCCGCAGUCGCCCAAGAAGCCGCGGCGGCGUCCCCGGAAGGCGUGGCCAAAGGAGGCUACCUCGUGGACAUCAGCGCCCAGUCCACCAUGGAUCUGACCUGCUUCCCCCCGUCAGAACUGGGAUGUGCCAGCACUUUACUGGACUCUGGACUGGAGCCCGCAGCUGCGGCACAGCUGGACGUGGACUUCACCGCUGCGGGUGAAGUCCACGGCGGCACGCCGGACUUUCCCGCCAGCAUCAGCGAGGUCAUCCGGCCCAUGGAGAUGGCCGAGCUGGUGCACAUUCUGCCCACCCUGAGUCUCAUGGAGGAGGAAACCCCCAGUGGUCCUUCUGCGCCCUCCGUCAUGGACAUGCUGCAGAGCUUUGGACUUGCUGACCAGGACAGCUUCCUGGACCCGCCCGGUGAGGACCACAGACUUCCUCCAGGAGCGGACAAGAAGCCAGGCUUGACUUAUCCAGUCAGACACCAAGCAGAGUGGGACACAGCAUUCAGCGGCUCGUGCUGAUCAUGUAUCCACAAAACCUCUUUGCUCAGCUGCAGGACGGCUGAUUAGUUCCUCUUCACAGGAACAGAUGAAACAUGCAAAAGUGCAGUUUUAGGUGUGUUUAUAUUGGAAACAUGCAUUUGUGGCUCUUCAUUUCUUCCAUUAGCUUAAAGAGAAACUGCACCUUUUGUGGAAUUUUGACAAUAAACCUGAUGAGAGACAAGAAGCUAACAGCUUUUAUUGUGCUCUUAACCCUUUUGUAAUGUUCAUAUUGUUGUUACUCAGCCAGCGU